AAUAUUUGAAUGAAGUUUUAAAUAUUAGUAGAUAAUGAAUAAUUUAUUUGGCAAGUCUCAUUUUGUAUCUAAUGGCAUUCAAGGAAACAUUGUUAUUGCUGUUGAGACUGAUCAGCGUUGCCCUAAAGAUGUCAUUAUCACAAGCAGUAACAGCAUUAAGGUUUAUGAGAUAAAUGGCCGCACCAUCUCAGAGAGUUGGGUGCUUAAGAGUUGGCUGACACCUCUCAGUGGCUGCCUCACUUCUGCUACUGGAGAUUUUUUCUGUCCUGUAGCUCAUAACGCUCUUAUUAAAUGGACAAGUGAUGUGAAAAGCCUUGAAAGUUUGACCCCUUUAAAGUUUGGGAACGACAUCAACUCCCUGUGUGCAGUUGGAGGUGCUGUCCACAUAGUGUUUGCUGGAGGGUGUGUGGUGGAAGUGUCGGAGGCCUUGUAUCACAAGAAAUCUAGAAGACCAAACUUAGUGCCUCUCUCACUGACCAUCAAGGAAGUGAAAGUUUUCCAUGGCUUCGUGACUGUUGUUGCUGCUCCUAAGGACGGGCGCGAUUGCAGCAGCAUUUUCCAUUACCGCGUUGGCUGCACUGAUGCCAGCCAGGUGACAGAGUUCAGCCUCAGUCGCCCCGCCCUCACCCUCGCCGGCGUGGGGCUCCUCACCUACUGCAGCGCCAUCACUCUCUGGAGCAACGGCGAGUUGUGCAGCAGCGCCGUGCACAGCGGCGGCGGCGGCGGUCGUGCGACGCUGCGCCUGCGAGUGCUCGGCAACUGCGGUGCCAGCAUCGACUGCUCGCGUCCCGCACGCAUCCUGCGGCUCUACGACACACACGUCGCCGUGCUGGGACUGGACAUCUCUAAGGACGGCGGGCGCAUCUCGCUGUUGGACGUGGAGCUGGGCCUGGAAGUGUCGCGCCGCAACUUCAAGCUGUACCAGACGGCGCUGCGGUGCUGGGCGGCAGCGGGUGACGAGGGCGGUGCGUUGUUGCUGCACGAGCGGCGGGAGCUCACCGUUGUGCCGCUCCUCCAGCGGCCGCCAAGGGGCGUGGCUCAGCUUCUCACCGAAGAACCUUUGCCUGCCGUAUACAGUGAAGAGAUUGUUGUAAGGAACUGGGGAAAGGAGAGCCUUGCAGCAACCUCCAUGCAUCUUGCUGUCAGACCUGCCACGGCAUCUUGCAUCGACGAUCUUAUUAAAAAAUUAAAGCUAAUAACUCUGGACGAGUCGCUGUGCUGCAAGGCGCUUGUACAAGAAGCUUUGAAGAAACGCAGCAUUAAGCUAGCUUGUGAAAUCAUGAUUCGCUUCAGGAGCUUCAUACCGGAAUGUUGCAUUGUUGACUUGCUGUCAUUGUUGCUGGCGGCAGACUCAGCUUCCCUCAAUGACGCAGCCAAUACCUAUGUUGAUCUGGCCAGCCUUGACCUCGCUACUCCACUUUCUUUCGACUCUUUCAUUGACCACCUUGAGAGAAAGAAAGGUUGUGCAUUUCCUAAGACUGCAGCGGAUCAUCCGAAACAUAUUUCACGCACACCGCCUCCUGUUAUAUCAAACAAACGACAAGAAAAUUGGUCAAAGAAGAAACGGAAGAACGCUGGUAAAGAAGGGAAGCUUCUCAAUGGAUAUGAAAAGUUGAUCAAUGGUCAAUCGUCCCCUGCUUUGCCAAACGGGCACCACGAACCUAUGGAAUUGGGCGUAGAAAUCCCUGUUCAAGGAGGAGGAGGCUGUAGCCCAGUGUGGGGUGGCGGUUGGUUGCUGGUGUACCCUCUGCUCUGCUCGCGCUUCACCCAACUUUUCCUGACUUCAGAACUAAAGCGCCUGCCCUUCAGAGACGCCUUGUCUUUAUUAAACCACCUACUCCAGUUGUCGCAGAAAAACUUAUCGAGUGUUAGUUCUCUCAUUUCCGACGAUUUCAUACGUUACAACAACAAGCGGAAGAAAACGAACAACGGCUUCAAUAGUAUGAAGAACGGUCAGACACAGGACAAGGCCUUGGAUCUGGUGGAGAAUGUUGAGCAGUCAGCUUUAAAUUCUCUACAGCAGAAAGUGGUGAAAUCUCCCAAAAUCAAAAGCAACGAGUGUUUACAAAAAGUUGAAAUGCUAAGCAAAACGGCAGGGAGUGGAGGAAAUGUGUUGCAAGUGAUGGUUCCUCAUGAAGCGACUGUGCACAAGUGGAUUAUAAUGAUAAAUGAUGCUCACCAGCAAACUAUUCUACUGGAGCAGCAGCUGCUGAACACGCCUUCUCAGGACGCCCUCGUGCUCGACCAGUGCAAAGUGGAGGAAUUUGAAGUAGAGAUGCACAGCGAUUACUUCAUUGAAAAAUUUUGUGAAGACCUGGACAACGAAAGUUCGGGUGCAACUGCCCCCGAGCUUAGCACAACAGAUCAGCAAUAUUCUAUUGAAAGAAUAACUCUGCCGUGGUAGUAAAUAAAUAAAUUACCAUUGCA